UAGGUAUACCCCUUCGAGAAACUCAAGCUGCCGAUUCACGGCGCCUGGGAGCCCCUUCUGUCGACUUUUCACACUGCUCCAUGGCAUGAAGCUCGCCCUUGAAUAGCUCCAAAUGUUAUCAGCUCACCACUUGGCACACUGACUAAUGCUGGCCCUCAAAAGGCAACCCCCCUGAGUUCAGGCGCAGCUGCAAUUUCGAAUCUGCCAAGAGAAAACACUGAUUUGAAGGGCUGAUCUCAAGAACUCUGCUAGAUCAUGGAAGGGGCAGGGGAGGCGGCGGUCGCAACCGCAGCGCAGGCGAUGCCCCAUGCAAUGCACAUGAUGCACUCUUUUUUUUACUGGGGUCCAGAGGUGACCCUUCUUUUCCAGCCCUGGAUGAUCAUGUCGUGGCCCAAGUACUACGUCGCCCUCGUGGGUGUCUUCCUCUUUUGCGUGCUGCACGAGUGGUUUACGACGUACCGCACCAGCCUCGACGCUGAGCUCCGGGGGCGGUCAAAGAGUGGGGCGGACGAGUCGCUCGACUUCCACUUGUUGCCAAGCGGAGAGGGGUCGUCACAACGCCGGGACCAAGAAACGGACCUACAACCCACUUCCUCAAGAAAACCCAAAACGUGGCCUGGGACCGCCGCACCUCGUUUUCUGCUGUCUUUUCUAUACGCCGUGAAUCUCGGCAGCAGUUACUUGAUCAUGUUGAUCGUCAUGACCUUCAAUGGAGGGUUGUUUCUCGCUGUGCUAGCUGGGUUAGGCGUGGGUUACGGCGCCUUCGGGUACCAUAGAGGGAGCUCCAAGCAGUCUUCCGAUCUGUGCCAUGUGACCUGACAUCAACUUCUAAAGGAGCGAGUGUUUUGUUGCGUUUAAGCGUGCCUAGAUUGUAAAGUAGAGCAUCAAGGCUUGAGCCUCGCACGGUAUUGACACGUCAAUCUUCGAACUGUAUAUAAACGAGACUUAAAUGGGCGUUCAGACAGAGUAAGAACGGACAAGCUGAUGUAUGUAUGUAUGCAUCUUUUAUAAGGCCGUAGCGUGAGCCAUGGACCUGAGAGCGAGUACACAUUUUGUUGCGAGUCUGAACGUUUAAUUAGAAAAGCUACUCUACCACUGCAUGUACACUACCUACACUGAUGUUAUUGUGUGCCUACCUUGGGUGACCCUCUAUAGGCC